AAAGAGGCACAUAGAGGAGAGAGAGAGAGAGGGAGAGGGAGAGAGAGAGAGAGAGAAGCUGUUCUAAAUUCUGUGUGAAGAUCAAUUUAGGAUUUAGAGACGGUUUCAGUAUCUGGGUAUCUCACAGUCGUAUAAGGGUUGUCAUCGAUUUAUGUGUCCUUAUUUAUAUAGCUACGAUGGUGUUGCUAAGAUCAAGGAUUUUCUUUUUCAAUGUCCAAGCGUAGAGGAGAUGAACAAUAGUAGGAGUUUGAAAUUGUGAAUUAGUGUUAAUUCCACCACUAAUUAACAUUCAGAGACAUAGAGGCAACUGUUUCUUUUGUCUUGCUUCAAAUUGUGAUCUUAAAAUCCAGUUUCCGAGAUUGAAGGGUACGAGGAUGGAAGAAGAGGGACAUGGCUCGGAAUGUUACAAGACAAGCCCUUCUAACGAGGAAGAUUAUUGUGAAGAAAGUGAGGCCAAUAAUGAAGAUAGAAGUAAGCAAAAGAACAAUGGAGGAAGCUCAAGCAACAGCACUGUGGAAGAAAACGAGAAGAAGACAACAACAGUGAGGCCUUAUGUUAGAUCCAAGUUGCCUAGGCUACGUUGGACACCUGAUCUUCAUCUUCGCUUUGUUCAUGCUGUUCAAAGACUUGGAGGACAAGAGAGAGCAACCCCAAAGUUAGUUCUUCAGUUGAUGAAUAUCAAAGGUUUAAGUAUUGCUCAUGUCAAGAGUCAUUUACAGAUGUACAGGAGCAAGAAGAUAGACACAAAUCAAGUAUUGGGUGAUCCUAGGCUCCUUGUAGAAACUGGAGACAAAAAUGUUUACAAGCUUAGCCAACUUCCCAUGCUUCAAGGCUACAAUCCAAAACAAAGUUCAGCAUACAGAUAUGGAUAUGGGGAUGCUUCUCUUGCUAUCUAUGAAAACAUGGUGCACAGGCCCUUCCUGAGUAGGAGUACUUCAGUAGAUGAAUCUGGACCUGAAUUUUAUGGCAGCAUAUUGAGUGAGAGGAUCCAUGGGACCAAUAGUAACAUCAAUUGGACUCACAAUAAGUUCCAAGUUGAUUCUUCACGUUUCAACGAAAUGUCAACAAAUAAAGUUCAUGAACAAAAAGACAAGUUCUUCUCAUUUGGUGGCCAUGAAUCCUCAUGCACACAAAUAAAAAUGAGCCAGGUUGGUCUAAAUCAAUCUACUCAACAGCCAAGUGCACAACAGCUCAUGCCCUAUAAUAAGUUGGCAACAAAUCCCGUGGAACUAAAGACCUUGAAAAGGAAGGCUUCAGAUAUUGAUCACCUUGAUUUGAAUCUGUCACUAAAAAUAAAUUCAAGGGUCGUCAGUGAUGAGAACCAAGGAAGUAAAAGCAUGGUGGACCAUGAAGUUGAUAGUAAUCUAUCACUCUCUUUGUGUUCUCAGUCCUCGUUCUCUCAUCUUAGCAACAGGUUGAGAAGAGCACAAGAUCAUUCUAAGGGGCAAGGGGAAAGAGCCAGUGCUCUGGAUCUGACUAUAUGAAUGAGACAAACUCUAAGUGAGAUCCUGAGGUACCUGUCAUAAAUCAUGCAUAUUGUAACCAAUUAUUACAUUUAUCUGACACAUAUAUAUUUUCUUCUUGUCUCUUUCUAUAUAGGGACAGUGAAUAUUAACAGUUUGUCUAUUAAAUAGUGGCACUAGCUAGCUUGGUAGGCGCUAAGAAUCCUUAUCUCAACACCAGUGGUUUUAGUUCUACUCUUCUUCUAUCACAGAAAUGCUAAAAGAGAAAGCCCAGUACAACU